AUGAUGAGAAGAAAACCUGCUCCUGCUCAUUCUUCACUUUCAACUCCUAACAAUAACAUCAAUAAAAACAACUCUAAUUCCAGUGGCCACGAAGGCUCUUGGAGCACUGUUACUUCAAAAAAAAAAAAAAAAUACACUCCAAUUACUGUAGGUUCCAAACAACCUGGGUCCUUCAAAUUAUCUGCAGCUCCUUUGCCUCCCAAAAAAAUUGUUUUUGGGGUAGGUACAUUGAAAAGCUGCGUCAAAGAAGAGAUCCUUGAACAUCUGGAAACUAUUGGACUGACCGCUGCAGAAUGCGUACCAGUCUUUAAAUUCUCUCCCACUCGUCCUCAUCCUUCAACCAGUGAUCCAUCAACAAAAUUCCGCAUAACUAUUUUUAAACAUCAGGAGAUGAUUUUUACCAAUCCUGAAAAUUGGCCUAUCGGCGUGGAAAUUCACCCCUGGUUGUUUCAUGCUCGACCACAGCAUUUGAUAAAACCCACUACAACUUCACUACCAAAUCAUUAUCCUGUCGACCUACCAAAUGUUAAUACACCAUCGCUGGUCAACUCACAUCAGCAUGUAGAAAACACAGUUGAGGUAGCUUCCAUUUUAACUUCUUCGGAAGAAUCCACUCAGCCAGUCGAGCCAGUCACGAUGGGCCCUUCUCAGCUGGUCGAACCACAUAAACAACAACAAGCCUCAUCGAUGAUGAGUCCUCCCUCCGAUGUCAAUUCUGCGACAUCAAUAAAUCACGGCAAUGGCUGUUAA